UCGAUUGACACCUAUAUGGCCACCUCGAUGCCCCUCCGCCCCGCGAGGCUGUGCUCACGGCUUGUGAGCAGCAGCUCAGUCAGGGAGGGGCCGUGCAUCUUCUGCCCCCUUGCUUCGUGGUCUUGUGGUACCACCCUUAUCAGGGGAGGAGGAGGAGCCAUGGAUCUGAAGGUGCGCGUUGGGGUUUUGUUAGUUUCAUUUCUUGUAAUGUUAUUCCCUCCCGUGCAGGCGUUCUACUUGCCUGGGACUUACUUGCAUCCGUACAAGAAAGGGGAUAAGCUGGAGGUGAAGGUUAAUUCUCUCACUUCCAUCGAGACGGAGCUGCCGUACUCGUAUUACAGCCUUCCUUUCUGCAAGCCUCCGGAGGGUAUUCAGAAAAUGGCGGAGAAUAUUGGGGAGAUGCUGAUGGGUGACCAGAUUGAGAAUUCCCCGUAUAAGUUCCAGAUGAAGGUGGACCAGAAGGAUUUGCUGGCGUGCGUGGCGCCUCCCCUAACCGAGAAUGACGUGAAGCAUUUUAAUCAGAGGAUCGAUGACCUCUACCAGGUGCACUUGAUCUUGGAUAACUUGCCUGUGACGAGGCUCACAACAGCAGCCAAGGAGCCGAACAGUCAGUUGCGGUGGACUUGGUCACCAAUUGGGUUCAAGUUUGAUGACAAGCCGGAGCAUUUCAUUUACAACCACUUGGAGUUUAAGGUCUUGGUGCACCCUUACGACAAGGACUCUGCAUCGGGGGCAGUCUUAGGGACGGGGGAGGGUUUGGACACCAUGCCUGCUGCGACGAUGCAGAACUUGACUGGAACAUACAUGGUGGUCGGAUUUGAGGUCGCUCCUUGCAGCGUCGUCCGCGAUGCAAAGGCCGCGAAAGAGCUGAAAUACCAAGGGCUGCUCCCUGCCUCGGAUUGCGAUCCCAAUAAACCUCACCAGGUCAUCAAGGUGGGGGAAGAGAUCGUGUACUCAUAUGACGUCGUGUUUGAGGAAAGCAACAUUCGCUGGCCGAGCAGGUGGGAUGCAUACCUGAAGAUGGAGGGGGCGCGUGUGCACUGGUUCUCCAUUUUGAACUCGCUGAUGGUCAUUUCGUUCCUUGCUGGAAUCGUAUUUGUGAUUUUCCUGAGAACUGUGAGGAGGGAUCUGACGAAAUACGAGGAUCUGGAUAAGGAGGCUCAAGCGCAGAUGAACGAGGAGCUAUCAGGAUGGAAGCUUGUCGUGGGUGACGUGUUCCGUGCACCCGAAAACCCACAAUUGCUGUGCGUGGUAGUUGGGGAUGGUGUCCAGAUCCUGGGAAUGGCCGUGGUGACAAUUCUGUUCGCUGCGAUGGGAUUCAUGUCCCCUGCCUCGCGAGGAAUGCUGCUGACAGGCAUGGUGCUGUUGUACAUGUUUUUGGGCAUCAUUGCCGGGUACGUAGCUUCGCGAAUGUGGUGCACCCUGAAGGGCGUGAGGGACGGGUGGAGACCGAUAGCGUGGAAGACGGCGUGUUUCUUCCCCGGAAUCGCAUUCACAAUUAUGACAGUGCUGAACUUCCUCUUGUGGUCACGUGACAGCACGGGUGCCAUCCCCAUCUCUCUAUAUUUUGUGCUGCUGUUGUUGUGGUUCACCAUUUCGGUGCCGUUGACUCUGCUUGGAGGCUACCUGGGUGCGAAAGCGGAGCCGAUCUCGUUCCCAGUGCGAACGAACCAGAUCCCGCGAGAGAUCCCACCGCAGCGGUAUCCUUCAUGGCUGCUGGUGCUUGGCGCGGGCACGUUGCCAUUCGGGACCCUGUUCAUCGAGCUGUUCUUCAUCAUGUCGAGCAUCUGGAUGGGACGCGUGUAUUACGUGUUCGGAUUUCUAUUUGUGGUAUUGAUCCUUCUGGUGAUUGUGUGCGCGGAAGUGUCGGUGGUGCUGACGUACAUGCACCUGUGCGUGGAGGACCACAAGUGGUGGUGGAAGUCGUUCUUCGCAUCGGGGUCGGUUUCGUUGUACGUGUUCCUGUACUCCAUCAACUACCUGGUGUUCGACUUGCACAGCCUGGCUGGACCAGUGUCUGCGGCUCUGUACUUGGGGUACUCGCUGCUGAUGGUGAUCACGAUCAUGUUUGCGACGGGUACAGUGGGAUUCCUGACGUCUUUCUACUUCGUGCACUUCCUGUUCUCUUCGGUGAAGAUCGAUUAGAGGAUGUAGAUGUCUCUUGCAGUCUAGGCUGUGAUUGCGAUUUGGGAGACUUCGCAUGUAGGUUAGGAUUAGUUCUUUUUUUAAUAUAUUUUUGUGGAGCUUAUCUUCAUCCUAGUGUAGGAUCAGGCAGGACUCCUUGUCAGAAUUAGGAGUUGUUAGAACAAGCAGAGAAAAGUGGGUGAACAUUGUUCGUUGGCGUGAUGUUUGAAGAGGUUAGCCGAUGUAUCAGUUAACAUAAAGAUAACUUCUCAAUUUCAUGCGAA